AUGUCAUCGAUUGCGAGCGACAACGUCAGUGAGGACUGGAAGCAAACUCAGAAUGACUCGUAUGCGGAAUUACGACAGCUAUGCCAAUGGCGCUCUCGCUCUCGAGCAAGAGAGCGGCGGCUUGUUACAUGGUUCAUCGUCACCACGUCACUGCUCUUGGCCAUAAUUUUGCACCGCUGGUGGACGCUGCGGACAGUCACACGUCACGGCACAUUCGCACGUGGUUUCGCACAUGAACUAGAGCCAGCCAAGUCGGUGAUCAAGCUGCAUGACACGAUUUUUAGCGGCAGUGCGGAAUUCCUGGAUGACGGCACCGAAUACGUUCCGGACGAUGGUGUAUCGAGACCUGUUUACAUUGGCGAGCCACGCCGCUCCAUCGAUCAUGAGUGGGCCCUUCUGCACUGGGGUCGAUUCUUCCUGCUGUCGGAAGAAGAAGCGCAGGAGGCAUGGGGGCCGAAAUAUCUACAGUAUUGGAGUCCGAGACAACGAGGCUAUGUUGCGGCUCUUGAAGUCAUGCAUACCCUACACUGUCUAGACCACAUUCGCAAGUCGUUGUAUCCGGAACACUACGCCGAGGACAGCCCUGUACACGAAACGCUGCACAGAGAUCACUGUCUUGAUCACCUCCGACAAACUAUUAUAUGCAAGGCAGAUCUUACGCCCAUUCCCUCGAAGUUCUACCUCAGUCUCGGUGAUAAUUACAUUGACUCGAACCAGCCGCACACCUGCAGAGACUGGCAGAAGGUCCGCAAUUGGGUUUCGGAGAGAUUGAACGGCAGUCUAGCAGUGCCACCAGCCCCUGGUACGGCUGUGACAGCCACGGAGUGGUCCUGA